AUGCGGACUAUUUCAAGCAAGGGCAAGAAGGGAGCGAGCAAGAUGCAAGUUCCGAAGAAGCCUCUCCCAGUGACCCUAUUGUCCGGCUUUCUGGGGUCAGGCAAAACCACUCUUCUACAGCAUAUCCUCAAAACAGAGCAUGGUCUCCGCAUUGCUGUGGUGGUCAACGAUAUUGGCGCUAUCAACAUUGACGCCGCGCUCAUCAAGAAGACCCACCAGCUCACCAAGACGGACGAGAAGAUCAUUGCGCUGCAGAAUGGAUGCAUCUGCUGCACUUUGCGGGGAGACCUCCUCGAAGAGUUAGUGCGGCUCGCACAAUUGCAGGAAUUUGACUACAUCAUCAUCGAGAGCAGCGGCAUCAGCGAGCCGGAACAGGUUGCCGAGACUUUCGACUCGCGACUGGCCGAGACCAUGGGCGACAUGGCCGAGGCGCCGGGAGCUGAGCAGCUUGACGAAAGCAUGAUCAAGGUCCUCAAGCAGCUGAAGAAAGCUGGCGGGCUGGAAAAGUUUGCCCGGCUGGACACGACAGUGACGGUCAUUGACGCCUUCACCAUGAUGCACGACUUCGACACGGCGGACCUCUUGUCUUCACGGCGCGACGACGUUACACCCGAAGACGAGCGCACUGUAUCAGACCUCAUGGUCGACCAGAUUGAGUUUGCAGAUGUCAUCAUCCUAAACAAGACCGACAUGGUCAACGAAGAGACCAAAAACGAGACGCGCGGCCUUAUCAAAAGACUCAACCACCGCGCCAAGAUCAUUGAAGCGUCGUACGGCAAAGUCGACGUCAAGGAGCUCGUCAACACCGGCUUGUUUAAGCUCGAUGUGGCACAGUCCGGAUACGGCUGGCUGCAAGAUCUACACGCCAUGACUGUGCGCGAGGUCAACGGGCGCAACGUCCUGACCCCCAACCCCGAGACGGAGGAGUACAACGUGCAGAGCUUCAUCUACAGCCGGUACAGGCCGUUUCACCCGCGUCGCCUCUUUGCGCUGCUGUACGACAAGUUUAUCCUGCAGAUGGAGCAUCCGGAGGACGAUGACGAGGAUGAUGAUGGAGGGGAUGAUGAUGAUGACAUGCAAGAUGGGGAUGGCACGGACGUUGACAUGGAGGUCCAGGUGGAUGAAGAAGAUUCAGGCAGCUCUCGCUCCUCGGGGAGCACAGCCCUCCUGGGGUCGUCCCCCCUGAGCACCAGAUCAGCCUCCACGGCCCGCACCGCGCCCUCACCAACCACAUAUGCAGCCAAGCCGCAAGGACAACGCAACGCCGACGAAGCCAUCCCCAUGCAGCUCGAUGACAACGACACCAUCGAAGCCGCCGAGGAGGAUCCGCUCGAUAUUCCUGCCAACGACAUCAUCCUCGCCAACAAGCGCGCGCACCCCACGCUGCGGCGCCUCUUCCGCUCCAAGGGCGAGUUCCUGCUCGCGACGCGGCCUCACCGCGCGGGGGACUGGUCGCAGGCGGGCGCGAUGCUGACGCUCACGGGCGGGCGGCCGUGGUUCUGCACGCUGCCCGCCGAGGAGUACGCGACGGGCGAUGCGCAGGUCGACGCGCUGGUGCAGUACGACAUGCGCAAGGGCGGCGAGUGGGGGGACCGCCGGCAGGAGCUGGUCUUCAUCGGCGAGGGGCUCGACCGCGAUGCGCUGGCGGCGAUGCUGGACGCCUGCUUGCUCACCGGGGAGGAGAUGGCGCGCUGGGAGGAGGUGAUGCGCGAUAAGGGGCUGAAUGAGGAGGCGAGAAGGGAGCGCCUGGAAGAGCUGUUUGAGGAUGGGUUUCCCGAGUGGGCGGAGGAUCAGGACGAAGAGGAUGGCGAUGAUGACGAGGAUGGGGAGGACAUGGACGUGGAUGGAAAGGAAGAUGCUCGCAGCCAUGCUCACCAGCAUAGGCACAAGCACAAGCACGAGCACAAGCACGAGCAUGGGCGUCGGCACAUGGUUCAGGCGCACAGCUAA